GUGAAUACUGCUGCUGGUGCUCUUAGCAACGGUGCCUCGGCAACAGAGCCACGGCAACGGAGCACCACGGCAACGGAGUGCUGUGUCUCCCCUUAUGGAGCUUCCUUUGGGCGGGCCGGCGCUGAGGCACUACACCCGCAGCAGACCUAGACCACACCGACAAAACCAACACCUCCGCCCCAGCAGACCACAGGAAUCGGUGGUUGACAAUGAAAAUGGAGUCCCUGAUCACAUGGGGCGAGUUGAUGAGGGAGUUGAGGAGUUCUUUACUAAGCGAGUCCUUCCUGUCGACACCCUGAAAACACAGAAUGAGGCUGGGGAACCUUCCAUUACUGAACAUGAAGUGGAAGUAGCACCUACUAGCGCCGCCCCUUGCCCCGCCCCUUCCAGAACCCUAAGGAGGAAGCUGGGCGAGUUCUUCACCCUUAAAAAGCGGAGGGCUGUGAAAUCAGAGGGAAGCCAAGAGGGGAAGGCCAAGAAGACCUCCAUUGCCGACCUAAUCCGGCCUCUCAGGGAGGCCGCCAGAGCUGAAAAAGAUAAAGUGAAGGAGAAUGAAAAAGUGAAAGAGAAGGAGAGUGUGGAUGACAACGUUGUGACAGGAGAUCCAGUGGAAGCAGAAACCCCUUCUUCUGAUGGUCCCACUCCACUGAGGGGUGAGGCUCCACCCCGUCGUGCGCUAAGAGAGGGGAAGUCACAGUCUCUAAUUCUACUCUCUGGAUCUGCAGCCAACGCUGGGAACACCAAGAACACUGCACAAGGGAAGUUUCAGAAACACUCAUCUGACGGCCAUCAUGGCUUUGAGCAGCGGCUGCAGCUCAUGCUACAACGUAUUGGUGUGUCCAAAGCUCAGCCAGGAGAGACACAGAGUCAGGAGAGAGAGAUGAAAAAAGCUGAAUCAGAGGGCACUAUCAUCGAUAAUAAACCUGAGCCCCCACCCACAUUUAUGAAGCCCAGGACCAUGUCCACCUCAUCAGAUACGAGACGUCCGGUCCGACAGAGUGUGUCCGCACAUGAGUCAGCUGAUGACUUGAAUGCCGAGAGGGUAGAGAGGAACAAGGAGACAGAGAAGGAGAAACGUAGCAAGGAAGAAGAUGUCAGGAGGGCCACAGGGAAAGAAAAAGAACAGAAAUCACUGGCGAACUACAUAGACAAAACCAUAAAAGAGGAGAAGGAAGAGGGUCUGCAGAAGGUGGAUGGGAUCAUGAGGCAGGGAGUAGAAGGGACCAAAUCAAAUGAGGGUAGAGAGCUGUGUAAAAAGGAUUGGGAUAAAAAGAGGGAAGGAGGGACUAAUGGGUCAGAUGAAAAAGAGUUCAAUACUAAGGAGGUGGUAGAGAGCAAGUCAAACAAGGGACCAACUACUGUGAUAGAGGCAGGGGAGGCCACAGUAAAAGAAACGGGGGAGAGUCCAUGGGACUGAGUACCGGAACCACAUCACAGCAGCAAACCGCAGAGGGUGGAACAUCAGACCAAAGAACUGAGACCCCCUCUGUGUUACACAAAUGGACUGACCCAGCAACGUGUCCUUUUUUUCACGACCAUGUUUACAUUUGCAUUGCACGUAUUGUAUGAUUAUGUAAUACAUUAACUGUGGUGAAAUAUGUUUACAAUAGAUGGAUAUGAGACAUAUAGUUACUUAUGAUUAUUAAAAUUAAUAUUCAUAAUGUCA